AUAGAACGAUGCAUCUUAGACGCGUUCAGUCACUGUUGGACGUCCGAAGAGAACGCACGCGCCGCUCGUUGUGAAUCACUUCGCGUACAGUUUAAAACAAAAUAGUGUCGUUAAACUUUCGAAGUAUCAUUGUGAGUGAGACAGUGAUAGUUGUGGGUUUAUUUCAAAGUUCAUAAACGUUUUCACCCUGGAUUUAAAUUUUGAUGAGGCGGAGGUGUGCGUGAUGCGCGCGCCAGCAGGGGGCGGCGUGUCGUGCGCAGGAGUGCCGCGGUGGUCGCACUCUGCGCCUGCGCACCAGGCCGACUACGAUAACACUCCCGCGCACACGCAUCCCGUGUUCCUCCAUGACGAUCAUAUUAACAGCCGAUUUGCUAUAUGGCAAGGCGACAUAUCUUCGCUAGAAGUGGACGCCAUCACGAAUACCACUGACGAGACGUUGACAGAAUGUAACGCGAUCAACGAACGCAUCCUCCAAGUGGCAGGACCUGAGCUCAAGGAAGAAAUCAUCACUAGGGGAUAUGAAUGCCGCACUGGCGAGGUGGUUGUUACUCCUGGAUUCGGCUUGCGUUGCCGGCAUAUUAUCCACACUGUGAGCCCUAAGUACGUGCCCAAGUACCACACUGCAGCGGAAACGUCGCUGCAUAAUUGUUACAGGAACGUGCUCUGUAAGGCGACGGAGAUUGGUGCUCGUUCUUUAGCGCUGUGUCUUAUUAGUGGGACACGCACUCAGUUCCCACCUGAUCUGGCAGCCCAUGUUGCUUUACGCACGAUCCGCCGUCACCUGGAGAGUCACCGCAUGCCGUCGCUGGUGGUGCUGUGGUCGUGGUGCGGGCCGGACGUGGCACUGUGGAGCGCGCUGGCGCCGCUGUACUUCCCGCGGUCGGCGCGCGAGGCCGACGCCGCGCGCUGGCGUCUGCCGCACGACGCGCCGCUGCACGACCGACGCAUCCGCAUCAUACACAACCCACACUCGCAUAACUCCGACACCGCUGAAGAUGAUACAUCAACGUAUGACGAGGAAGCGGCUGUUGAAGCGGCUGCAGCGUUUGCCCGCGCGUGCGCACCCGACACGCAGCGUCUGCUCGCGCCAGCCAAUCAGCGACAGCCUUACGAACGAAGACCGCGCAUUGACAACCAAGACCAAUAUGAGCGGCUUCUCCGUCGCGCUCGCACAGAGGAUCUCAGCGAGAUCUCAGGCAUAGGCUGCCUGUACCAGAGCGGAGUGGACAGACUCGGUAGACCCGUGGUCGUCUUCAUCGGGAAGUGGUUCCCUAUUGGUGAUAUUGACUUGGACAAGGCUCUCCUAUACCUGAUCAAGCUGCUGGAUCCCAUAGUGCGUGGGGACUACGUGAUCGCCUACUUCCACACACUCGCCUCCUCCGCCAACCAUCCUCCGUUCUCCUGGCUCAAAGAAGUGUACACCGUGCUGCCUUACAAGUAUAAGAAGAACCUCAAAGCAUUCUACAUUGUACAUCCAACAUUCUGGACCAAGAUGAUGACGUGGUGGUUCACGACCUUCAUGGCGCCAGCGAUCAAGGCGAAAGUACACAAUCUUCCCGGAGUGGAGUACUUGUAUUCAGUUAUGGCAAGAGACCAGCUUGAUGUACCAGCGUUCGUCACAGAAUACGAUAUGACGAUAAACGGUCUCCAUUACUUCCAACCGGACACGAACAAUACGUAAGACACAGCAUUCACAUCUUUAGCUAUACGUUCAGAUCGUUGUUACAUGUUCCGGGCCAGUUGCCAACAUCUCUCUGUGUCAAUACGACAAAGGAUUUUGACUGUCACACGCUUCUCGCUGGACCACUGAGUUCCAAGCAAUAAUUAUACGUAAUAAAGAACUAUGAAUAUUGCUAGUAACACAAGUAACUUAAAAGUUUGUCUUAGGACUACUUAGAAGUCGUUUUUACCUAAUAAAUACUGCGCCGGUAGGUACAUUUAUAGUAAUAUUAAAUGAAAAAUCGGCGCAAAAUUAAAAUUUUGCUUAAAUUUUUUAUAAUCGAUUAGUAGGAUUUCACAAAGAUAUGCUGGCAACACUGCAAUUUGAAUCCGAGUGACCGUUCGAUUUUGAAAAACGGUAACUCGUUUUUAGGCCGCUGUUAUAGUAUUUUUGUGGACUGUUUAUUCAUUGUCUGAUCUAACAAAGUUUAUACGAACGAAUCUCGUUUCAAAAAUAUAUUUUCAAAUUGACGAUUUCAAUGAAAUUAACCAUUGUAUCAAAAGGUUUUGGCAAAGGAUAAAAUGUAUACCUAAUGAGUAAUGUAAAAAUUACAGAUUCCUAUCAGUGACAUAUCAAAUAACUGUUGGGUCCAGAAUAUCGAAUGAUCAUAAGAUUAAGAUGUUAGAAUACGCCAAUACUAAAGAAACUUUAAUAAAUACACUAUUUCUAUUGUAAAUUGUACAUUACGUACCUAAUUAACCAAAGAACCAUCAUAAAUUGAACUCUAAAAUAAAUCAGACAGUGAAUAAAAAGAUCAAAAAAAGUUGAAAUUGUUGAGAAUAUAUUAUCUUGUAAUCUAGUAUUAGCGGUGCAUUUUAUAUUAUUUAAUUGUAAUAAUUGAUAUAUAAGACAUAUUAUCGAUUGUUAGAUGUUCUUAUUACGUCUGUAUUUUAACUCUUGCAACCCCGUUAUAUCUAAACCAACUAUAAAGGUACUUAGACUUUUUAUAUUUUGUCUAUGUAUUUAGUUGUGAACGUUACAUGUGUGCUAAUUUUUGUACCUAUAUUAUAUUUUUAUGUAAAAGUAAUAGACGAAACUGUCAUUUUAUUAAUGUAUACCUUCCUACUUAAUUAUCUUGAUGCUGACUAUGCUCAUGAGUGAUUUGUGGGUGAACUUUGAAUGAAGAAAAGCUGUUGGAAUUUGCACUCUAUGUUGAUCUUUUAGAAAGAGGCGAAUACUAGCCAAUUCCCUGUUACCUGCCUACCUGCCUUUUCCGUUAAUGAGACACUUCCACUUGCAGAGUAGGCUUGCAUCUAGCUGGUCUGCUGGUCUCCUUGUUUGCCUUAGUUGUUGUCACUACGUAUUCUUCCCACGGCCCCCAUUCUCUGAAACUUCACUGUUCAAGCGACAGGGUAUUCGUUUAGUGAGUAGUGAGGAAAAUGUUAUUUUUUAAUAUAGAAAAGAGUUGUCUCAUACUGCGUAGAUUUGGUAUCAUUUAGGAAAAUUAAAAUAUAACAAAACCCUUUCUCUAAAUUUAGAUAUUUAACAAUUAAUUUUUACACAAAGGUGCUUGAUAAUUUUUGCAUAUUGAGAUUUUAAUUUUUUACAUACAUAGAUUUUAAUAUAGGCUUAAUAAUGGUACAUAAUGUUAGAGUAAUGUAAAUACGUACGCUGUUAAAGAUUUUUGCGAAAACAUUCACUCGUCUCGCACUACGGUAUUGUAGAUUUUGAUAAAACGCCAAAUGAGAAAGUGAGUUUGUACUAUUGAGUUGUGCUGUUGCUAACCAUAUUUUGAUUGGCUCUUUAAUAGCAACGCUAUGCAGCACAUCGGCCUAUUGAAAAUUAAUUGCUGCUUUACAUAUCGCUAUGUGGUCGACAAAAGGCCUUAUUAUUAGAAAGGUCUCUCAGAACCCCUAUUAGUACAAACGCACUGUCUCGGGACACUUCGUGAGAUUUCAGUGUAGAAUUUAUCGUGUGAAUUUGUGGUUCCGAUGGCUUACCGCCAACUUAUUAACCGAACUUUCUUAAAAGUUCCUUUACGAGCUCGACAGUUGUCGACAAUGGAAUGUUAGUGUAUAAUACCCGGCACGUUACAUGGCAAGUUUUUGUUGUGGAGGCGGUAAGUUGACGCACUGUAUUUUCCUCAAAUUAUACAAAAAAAAAAAAACAUUCUAAAUCUUCAAAAACUUAUUUCAAAUAAUGCAUGAUUUAAAGUAAGUGAUGUGCAAUAACCAUAAAAUAAUGAGGAAAAUACACAAUGUGCGAAUAGCCUCCACAAAAAAAUCGUGUCAUAUAGGUAGGUAUGUCACGUGUCUGUUAAAAGUUGGCGGUACUGCCAUGGUAGUGUUGCCAAUGUUUAAAUGUAAAACACUGCCACUCGCAUGUAGCGGCAUUGAGACACGCCUCGACGUGCCAUAGGGAUCACCGAAAUGGACGUAGCCUUGAAUAAUGUUGCAUCUAAACUUUUAAAAUAUUUUUGUAAUAAACUUCUAACAUUUUCUAACAGGUUACUCGUUCCACGAAACGAAGUAGAUUAUUGUGAAUGAAGUAGGCCGUACGGAUUGUAAUCGAGUAGAGAUUUUGCCAAUUACCUCAUAUAAAAUUUCUAUAUUGUUAUAAAAUGCUGUUGUUAUUAUAGAAAUAGGUGAAAAUAUAAUAUUUGUAUAUUUUAUAUUUAUCGAUCACGUAGUUUAACUGUUAACGGCAAAGGCGUUUCGUGGAACGAUUUUUUUUCUUUCUUAGCCAAAGUGUACAGAGAAUUAAAUCUAAAAUUAUUUUGUCAGUAACUAUUGUGCCACCUGUUCGAAACAAUUUUUAAAUAUUUAUUAGUACCGAUAGAUUUAAGCUCUUUGUCUGAGAGAAAUGUUAUUCAACAUAUUAAGCGUAAACGAUCAAGAUAUUUGCUAUAAUAUAAAUGUAAGAUCCCUCUAAAUUAGGUUGGUUGAAUUUUUCAAAUGUAACUGCCCAUGUUGCUAGUUUCAAUGUUUCAUGUUCAGUCGACCACGUCUAUGUUAUGCUAACUGCAUCUUAUUACCUAAGCAAUAAAGUUGUUAUUCAAAAUUAUCAAUGAUGAGACGCGCUUGUCAGUAUCGUGAUGCAAAGGUCUAUCUAUCUAUCUAUUAAUACAUUCUACCGCAUUCCGCAACUGACCUUAGGAAACGACUGAUUUGCGGGGUUAGGAAGUAAAAAGUGUGUGAAUCGUUUGCGUGUUGUUUGUAUGAGUGCAUUAUUGCAAUUUUUUAAUAUACAGUUAAUAAUUGUAAGUGAUCUUUCUGCAGUAUGUUAGCAUUCAAUAUUAAUCAAUGAUUAUAAAGCAAUGUAGAGCUGUGUGAUGUAUCGUGAUGGUGUGUUAAGAUGUAGGGUAGCAUGAUAAAAAUUGCGGUGGAUAGGAAUAUAGAAAUUGUUUUGCAAUGAACCACUAGAUGGCGUUAAUCCAUAAUGUACUGUAGAUAAAUAUUCUGCUUUGGAGAAAAAUGGUACAUUAUAAAAGAAACAUAUUCCUCUUCAUCGCAAAGCGUAAAUUACGUAAAAAUUAACCAUUGCUUACAUUUUUAUUCGUUUGUAAACAAAACAACGAGCGACUGGAAAUGAAUGCAAUGGUUUCAUGUUGAAGAGAUUAUUAUUACAAUUUUACUUAUUAUAAAAUCGUGUUUUUUUUUAUUUGAUCACUAGAGAACCUGAGAGUAAACAAAGGCCUUAGAUGUGUUAACUAUUGUUACGUUUUACGUCGAGUAUCUUUACGUUGCUAAGUCUAUUGCUGUUAAACACUUGUGAAGGAACGUAACGCUAACUAAAUAUUAUAUUAUAAUAGGAGUUAUUUAAACAAAAGUAUGUGAUCAAGCGAAUGUUGGUUAAGUUUCAUAUUUUAUUAAAAAUAGAGCAUUAAAUAGGCUAUGUAAAUAUUUAACAAAUACAAAAUAAAAUUAUUAAUUUACUACUGAGUGGUUUUAUUUUUCUUCAUUGAAUAUCGUUAU